AUGAUUACGCAAACGCGCGGCGGCAACGGUUGUUUUUCGGCGGACUACGAGCUGAUUGAAAAAAUCGGCGAGGGUACGUUUUCGGACGUCUGGCGUUGCGUACAGCGGGAUGGCGGCCGCGAAAUGGCGGCUAAGGUGUUGAAGAAGACAUACAAAGGGCCGAUGGACGCGGCCGCGUGGGCCACCAUACACGAAGUGAACGUGACUAAGUCGAUCGACCGGCACCCUUACUUGCUGCUGGUGGAAUGCGCGUACCACGAGAGCGACACCGGCUCCUUGGUACUGAUCACCGAGUUGAUGAAGCGCUCGCUGUACGACGUUAUAGAGUCAGAAGGAUGCCCGAUAUCCGACUAUCGGAUCAAGCUGUACAUGUACCAGCUGCUGGAGGGCAUCAAGUACCUGCACGAAAACAAUAUCAUCCAUCGGGAUGUAAAACCGGAAAACAUAUUACUUAGCACCGGCGACCGGAUGCUGAAGAUCGGCGAUCUGGGGACUGCGUGCGUAGCAGAGAAGGGUAAGCGAUACACGGAGUACGUUGCCACGAGGUGGUAUAGGUCUCCGGAGUGCCUGUUAACGCGCGGCUGUUAUGGCAUCAAAAUGGACAUCUGGGCAGCCGGAUGUGUGCUGUUCGAAAUGGCCACCAGCCGACCGUUGUUCGACGGCGCAGACGAGGACGAUCAGAUGUUCAAAAUCGACAGGGUGUUGGGCAAACCGGACAGCCGGCUUCUCGAGAAAUUCAAGCGAUACAAGUCCGAAGUGUUCACCAAACGGUAUAUGUCCGGAGAGCCGGCCAACGUUGGCGUGGGUCUUCAGUCGUUGUACCAACCUUACCGACCGGGAUUUGACCUGAUCAAAGAAAUGAUCGUUUAUGACCCGUCCAAACGGUCAACGGCCGAGCGAUUGCUCCGGAAGUCCUACUUUUUUGAGAUGAAGCACUCCAUGUACGAGCAAAGGGUCAGAGACUUCGAAGAGAGAUUGAAAAAUCAAACUCUAAUCGACUUAUCACAAAUUUGGCAUCAGUUAACCUUCCUGACACAUUCGACACUCAGACGCAUUAAAAGAAAAUUGUGCCGAGCCCUAUUUUAUUAUAUUCAUUUAAUCAUGUUUUUCUAG